AUGAUGCCUACGAAGAUAACUUCGAACUACCCACACUGGUCCCGCGGGGCGAGUCUUCGCGAGGAACCAAAUCCUCACGAUUUGGUAAUUGAUAUCACGGAUCAUCCGAAAAUUACGUUAUUUACCGAUCCCGCCGGCCAAACAAACGAGCUUGCUUGGGAGGUUAAUCGGGCUCUUGAAGACGUUUUUCGGGUGGGGAGAGCAUCUGCAACUGGCGAGAACGGGUGGAAGUGUCCGUUAGAGUAUGAAAGUCAUUUUGUUGAAGAUGUAAAUGGGAGGAAAGUUCUUCAGUUAGCUAUAAAAGCCGCUGUCAACGACGCAACAGCACCCCCCGAGGUCGCUACCGAAUUUUGCCAAAAGCUAUUCACGAAGGAGGCUUUCCCGCUUCUCAGUCGAGUUUCAUAUUCUGGGAUAUUCGGGAUCUCACCACGACCAGGGACUGUUUUUGAAAGUAUAUGGAUUAGCAGUUUCGCUGCUAGUGCGUUAAAAGAACGCGAGCGCUUGGACCGGCUUGGAUUGAUAUGCAAUCAUUCUACACCCCGAGUACGGGGGCGAUGGUUGAUUAAUAUCUGCUACGCAUUAUCCAUUAUCUUCACCUUUUAUCAAUUCGGCUCAUGGACCGCGGAGUGCUUCAUCAAUUGUUUCGGUAUUCACUCGAUAUGGGAUGACCCUUACAUGUACGCCUAUAGCUACCAUUCAAGAUUGAUACCACGUAGCGUCAAAAUCUUCAGAAUGGGGCUAUUUAAUGCUAUCUAUUUAAUUUUGCUUUGUGGUUUCUUAUUCGGACCGACAUGUGCGAAUGAUUUCGAGGCAAAGAUACGGGAUAAAGAGUUAUACCAGAAACUAGAGCAUUUAGACUGGAGAAAACAGUGUGAGGACGCAACAAAAGUGGCCGAUGAGGUAGUAUGUUGUUUACAGCAGCGUCGGAUGGGAGACCCAACAAACCCCAUCCCGUCACCCACCAUAUCCACAGACUACACCAUUGGAGGUAAACUAUGCACCCUCCUACACUUACUCCCACAACUCUACCACCAAAACCAAGAGAUAUCACAUAUACACGACCAAAUCCAAAGAAACGACCAAUCCCUCGCGAAGCUAUACUUCAUCAUUGCAGCUAUAAUCGCCAGUGUUUUUAGCUGGUUCGGGAGAUUGAACGCUACUGCGCCACAUUCUACUACCGCAACAAUUGUUAUAAUUGUAGCUGGUAUCAUUUCAACAGUGUUAUUUGCGGUGCCCGGGGGGUAUAUAGCUUGGAGAGCGGAAAAAAGGAGGAGUAUGGUCGAGAAGUGUGGGGAUGUAAAUAACCAAAUACUGGAAGUAUGGAGGUCAGUACAGAGGAAUUAUUCCUAUUUGGUAUGGGUUUAUGCCACAAACCAUGGAACACCAAGGUUCACGACAGAAGGUUUGGAGAAGCAGUGGAGUGAAUGGGUUACGGAUGUUGACGCAGCUGGUCCGAAUGACAUUCUAAAUCCUGAAUUCUCGGAUCAAAUAGGAGAGUUUGGUCGGUAUCUUGCGGCGGUUCAAGAUGAGAUAUUAAUCUAG